GGACCGGUCAGCCCUCAAGUGGAGCAACAGCUACAACAACAACAGAUACUUAUCCAACAACAGCAACAGUUCCUUCAGAUACAGAUCGAACAGCAAAAGCUCCAAAAACAGAUGACAGAACAGUUGUCUAUUAGGCAACAACAGGAGGCCGACAAACAGCUGCACCAGAAGCAGCUGAUCCAGAAACAGGAACCAGUGGUCAGUCAACCCAUAGCACCGCCGCCUCAGCAACAGCUUCAGCAACAACAACCACAGGCGCCACAGCAUCCGUUACCACAGCAUCCGCUUCCCACUAAACCCGAAGUCAUGAAACAAGACAAAAAUGUGUCCACUUCCACACCACCAUCCAUGUCGUCGACGCCCACAUCCACAGCAAACAAACAGAUGGGCACAGAGGGGGCGGCGGUUGGGGUGAAGAAUCCUGAGCUCGCGGGACAAAGCAGCGGCACCGGCAUCGGUCCCAUCGCCGCCCAAAGAAAGUCAUUGCACCGCCGAUUACCGCAUCCGACCACCGAAGAGAUGCAAACGGCGGUUCAAACGCUGGCCGCCGCUCACAGCGGUUCCCAACAACACCGAUCGGUGCCCACUGUUCCGCAGCAGUCAAUGCCAAUGCCGGUUGUGUCCACUCAACGAUCCGUAUCACCCAUUAUGCCUCGCAAAACACAGUCCAGUGUUAUCUCAUCCCAGACAAUUCUCAAUCCGAGCACAAGACGAACAAACCUAUCGACGGCAACUGUGCCGACGAGUGCCAUCACAACACUGGUCUCAUCUGCAAUCAUGCCCUCGACAUCCAUCUACGACCGCAUCAGUCAAUCGCCCUAUGCUUUAGGCCAGUCUGUGGUCCGCUCCCACACACCCGUCACGACUGGCGGCGACUUUUCCGACUCCCAGAGCGACGCGUCCGGCGAUAAAGGGAAGCGACGAAAACUGCCAUCAGUUCCCUUCGAUGAGGAGCCCAUCUCUCCGGUGAUGGCCACCAGAAAACUGAUCAAAGAUAGACUCGCCGGUCGACCGGCCAUCUCCUCGACAUCGAUAGCGUCGAAACGCAUUCCUCCACUGCGUUCGUCGUCUUCAUUGGACGGAACCGUUAUGGGACUGACGGCUGGGUAUCGGCCGCAGUCGCCCUUCUCGUCCACGUCGGACAUCACCCAAUUCCUGGCCUCCACUUACGGCCAAUCGGUGUUCAAGAGCUCCAUCGGUAACAUCCGAUCGCCGGCCCGAUCGCCGAUACCUCCCGGCGAGAAUCAGAUUAGCCGUCAAUUGCAUACCUCUCACUCCGUGUCGUCCCUCACGUCUCCCACAAGAUUUCCCUCAUAUAUGAAGAAUUUGAAGCAACAGUUAUGGGAAGAGUUAAAGACAGCGACCGAAGAGAAGCACCGACUCAUGAAUCUAAGGGAUAGGGAUAAGGAUUUUUACCGUCGGUCCGAAACCGAUUUGCAGGAUCUCUUUGACGUCUACUCGUCGCCCGUCCGCCGAAGGCGUGGCCGAUAUAAGUCGAAGAAUGAAUCCGAUUCUCGUAUCUAUCGUUCACUUUCGGCCACCAGAGACGACAUGCCGUUCAAGUCGUAUGAGUACGAGUCACUGCACCCGACG